UCUAGCUAUUAAUUCAGAGUCAUUUAAUUUAUUUUUUAAUACUCAUUCGGUUUCAAUUAUACUCCAAUCAGAUGGUCUAAGGACUAAUCUUCACACAUUAUUACGAGCAAAUUGAUUACAUUCUUAUACAUUGCCAAAACACAAAAUUCAACUACCAAAGCAUUUUCAACUGUAGUUGGUCUUAAGCGAUAUAAAGGCAGUCUCGCUAACUUCUUCUCACUAACUUCUUGUUUAAGUGAUUUCUAGUACACCAACGAUUCUCUUCUCCCAGUAUCUGAAAAGUUCUUCGACAACAAGCGAAAUGUCUGGCAGAGGAAAAGGAGGCAAGGGUUUUGGAAAGGGCGGUGCUAAGCGCCGCCGCAAAGUUCUCCGAGACAACAUCCAGGGAAUAACAAAGCCAGCGAUCCGGCGGUUGGCAAGGCGUGGCGGCGUGAAGCCGAUCAGUGGUUUGAUCUAUGAGGAGACUUGUGGCAUUCUGAAGAUCUUUCUUGAGAAUGUUAUCUGUGAUGCUGUCACCUAUACGGAGCAUGCUCGCCGGAAGACUGUCACAGCCAUGGACGUAGUCUACGCACUCAAGCGCCAGGGGGGUUCUCUUUAUGGCUUUGGUGGGUAAACAGCUAGGGGUUGUGCUUGGGGUUUGGGUUAUUCAGAUGUGUAGUUUUCUACUUCUUUAAUGUACUAAGAUAUUUGGGUUUUUAUCUCAUAAUCUGAUUUCAUCGUUUAAUGAUAAUGUAUUAUGUUCUAUGAAUCUGUAUUGUGAAGUGCAUGAUAUCCUUUUGAGGAUUUCAGAUUUUCUAUUUUGUUUCCUCAAAAAAAAAAAAUGCAUUUCUUGUAUUGAUGUUGAUAGAAGAAUUUCCAAUUUUUUUAAUCUUUAGGAUAACUAGAUAUUCAUUAUCUAGAUAGUAUUUCUAAUUUCUUUUUGAGCAUAUCUAAUUUUUCAAGUUUGGGAAA